AACCUCGCAAUAAACUUUAUACCAACCCAUAUAUUUUUAAUAAUUUUCUUGAUGGAUUUUUCUCGUCUAUUUUUUCCUUUACUAGUAUUUUUUCUUCUCGCUCUAUUAUACGUCAAUGGUGCUUAUGAAGACAAUGUUCCAUUUGAGCAAAACUAUGCUAUGUUAUGGGGACAAGAAAAUAUUAAAGUUCUCGACCAAAGUAGAGAAGUUCAAUUGACAUUGGAUCAACAUUCAGGUUCUGGUUUUGAAUCUUGGCAUAAAUAUGGUUCUGGAUGGUUUAACAUGACGAUUAAACUUCCUAAAAAGGAUACCACAUCAGUCAUCACAACAUUCUACUUACAAUCUGAUGAUGGACCUACUAGAGAUGAAAUUGACUUCGAAUUUUUAGGUGGCAAUAUGGAACACCCUUAUAUAAUGCACACAAACAUUUUCACAAAUGAUCAAGGUGGUAGGGAGCAAGGGAUACAUCUUUGGUUUGAUCCCACAGCUGAUUUUCAUGAUUACACCCUUCUUUGGAACCAAAAACAAUUAGUUUUUUUUGUGGAUAACAUCCCUAUUAGAGUGUUCAAGAACACUACACAGAAAGGAGGGAAGUUCCCAACACAAGCAAUGAAGAUAUUGGCAACAAUAUGGAGUGGGACAUGGGCCUCUCAUGGAGUUCCAGCAAAUUGGAAUGAUGCACCAUUUGAAGCCAACUACAUAGGAUUUAGAGUGAAUGCAUGUCAAGUCCCAAGCAACCAACAAUGUGAUUCCUCUAUGUUUUGGUGGAAUGCUCACAAGUUUUGGGAUCUAAACUCUCGUCAGAAACAGGCCCUCAACAAUGUGCGAACACAAUUUUUACUUUAUGAUUAUUGUACUAAAAGUUUUCAUAAUCCAGAGUGUCAAAAUUGACUAUAGUAAAUAAACUCUACCUUUAGAAGGUAUUGAGCUAUGAAUAAUU